GGCUGGGGGCCACAGGACGGUUGAAAUGUAAGUAGUCGGGAGAGACUGGGACGUAACCGUAACCACGCGGAAGGGAGGGUUUAACCAUUAGCCACCAUUAACCCACUGCGACAGCUGUACGGAGCCGGUACUGUACUUAAGGCGUGCGCACCGGCGUCCACGCCUCAGCCUGAGUGCGUUACCAAACCAAGAAGUGGAGGACAGCGGCAUCCAGCCAGCCGCGCGGAAACCUUGUGCACAUACUGAUCAUCACUUGUCGAAUUCUCCCUCUCUGGACCGCUGACACCGUAAGGUGACUGCCGCUCUGGUUGGAGGAUUUUCUUUUUUCUUUUUUUUUUCUUUUUUUUUUGCACAGCAGGUAAUUUAAUCCUCAUACAGCAGAUCUUUAAAUACCUCCUUUAAAAACCUCCCAGCAGAGCACGUGGUGUAAGGUGAGACAUUUCCUGCCUGCUGAAGUGACCAGUCUCGUGCUAGCAGCGGACUGACCGGUCUGCACUGCAGUCUGGCCUUUUCAGUGUUUCUUCAGCUUGUUCUGGACUUUAAAGGACUGUUUACGUUCGACUGGAGGGGAAUUCUGUGGUGAGUCCCCGAGCCUGUUGUUUUCCUUUCUCCUCUGUUUUGAACCACUAUGCCCUUUUUUUUGCCGGCCUCCCCUUAGCACCUUGCAGUGAAUGGAGAACAUACUGGUUCUGCUCCCGAAGCACCGACAGGAACACGGGCUCUGCAGACGCACGGCUGCUGGUGCCUCGCUGCAAGUCUUUUCCUACAGAGCAGGUUUUUCCUUGUCUUUUAGAGCAACCCCCUCUCCCUAUGAGCCUCUUUAAUGGGAUAAAUCAAUUGGACUGAUCAGGUUCAAAACCAGAUCAGACGCUUCCAUUCAGAAUUCCCUAGAUCCAUUAGGGCUCCAGACCUUUUCUUGUGAAGCCCACCACCUAUCAAAGGCCUCCGCAUGGUACUUUGGUCGAAAGAACAAGACAAACUCCCCGACAUCAACAUGUCCUCUGGGGCCAUUGAGAUGAAGAAGGAGGGAGGCCCCCUGACCCCAGCCUUCCUCAAUUCCAACUGCUCCGUCCACCCGGUGAUCCUCACCAAAGGCUCUGAAGAAGUGAGCCCAGGGACCGGGGGCGAGUUCGAGCUCACGGAGGUCACAUCGCUCACAGAGAGGGCCAAUGAGACCGGGGAGGAUGAAGAGAGGUCAGAGAUUGUGGUAGCCAUAGACUGUCGGGCCAAUGCCAAGGGUCAGCGGGAAGAGGAUGCUCUCCUGGAGAACGCAAGCCAGAGCAACGAGAGCGACGACACCAGCACCGAUCAGAGCCCCGAACCAUCGGCGCCCCUCAAGGAGACCUCCUUUUCCAUCGGCCUGCAGGUGGUUUUCCCUUUCCUGCUGGCCGGGUUCGGGACGGUGGCGGCAGGAAUGGUGCUAGACAUCGUCCAGCACUGGACGGUGUUCACGGAGGUGUCGGAGGUCUUCAUUCUGGUUCCUGCUCUGCUCGGGCUCAAAGGCAACUUGGAGAUGACGCUGGCCUCCAGACUUUCCACAGCGGCUAAUAUUGGUCAGAUGGACACAGCCAAGGACAUGUGGAAGAUGAUUAUGGGGAACUUGGCUCUUAUCCAGGUCCAGGCCACGGUGGUGGGGUUCCUGGCUUCAAUAGCUGCUGUGAUCUUUGGUUGGAUCCCAGAGGGACACUUCAGGCUGGGCCAUGCAGUGCUGCUGUGCGCCUCGAGCGUGGCCACCGCCUUUAUUGCCUCAUUGCUCCUGGGUCUCGUCAUGAUUGGUGUGAUAGUGGCUUCCAGAAAAGUUGGCAUCAACCCCGACAACGUGGCCACACCCAUCGCUGCUAGCCUCGGAGACCUGAUUACCCUUUCCCUGCUGGCAGGCAUCUCAACAGGACUCUACAAGGAGUUAGAGUACAAUGACUACGCCAACCCGCUGGUGUGUGCGGCGUUCGUGGCCAUGUGCCCCCUGUGGGUGCUGAUAGCCCGGAAGAUCCCGUCCACCAGAGAGGUCCUGUAUUCUGGCUGGGAGCCGGUUAUUAUCGCCAUGGCCAUCAGCAGUGUUGGAGGUCUGAUUCUGGACAAGACCGUCACCAACCCAAACUUUGCUGGCAUGGCCGUUUUCACUCCGGUCAUCAACGGCGUGGGAGGAAACCUGGUGGCGGUUCAGGCCAGUCGAAUCUCCACCUACCUCCACAUGAACGGUCUGCCCAUGGGGGAUCCCAACCACACCCCGAGGAAGUGCCCCACGCCCUGCACCUCCUUCUUCGGCUCCACUGUGAACUCUCGUUCAGCUCGUGUGCUCUUCCUCCUGGUUGCGCCGGGCCACAUCGUCUUUCUCUACACCAUUAACUCCCUAAGGGGGGGACACACUACGCUGACGCCCAUCUUCAUCACCUUCUACCUGGUAGCUGCACUACUGCAGGUCAUGAUCCUUCUCUACCUGGCAGACUGGAUGGUUCACUGGAUGUGGGGCCGAGGCAUGGACCCCGACAACUUUUCCAUCCCGUACCUGACGGCCCUUGGUGACCUGCUGGGGACCGGCUUCCUCGCACUCUGCUUCCACAUGCGCUGGUUCAUUGGGGACAGAGACACCAAUGUGGGCAACUGAGCGCAUGCAGAACAAAACACUCAAAAACAAAAAGCAAAACGCAGCAACUUUCACAAACUGGAAGCUACUACAGUGAGGAGCAUCCCCUGUACCUGGACAUCAGCGAUUAAAGGGCUAAAUUCCUGCAGGGCUCUGGAUGGUGGUAUCACUCACAUGGAACGUCAUCUUUAGGAUAUCAGGAAGUUGUUGUACUGUUGACACAGGAGCAGCUCCACAAGUUAAUAUCUUUCUGUUACCAUGGAAACACAGACAUCUUCACCUCAACCUCACAACAAAUUCCCACCUGUGAUGAAUCCCCACAGACUCCACUACUCCUUUAUCUUACUCAAUAACAGAGUCCUACCACUUUUGUUUUUGACAAUGAUUGUUAUUGUUGGUGAAUAAUGCAGUUGAUAUGAAUCAAUAUCUGUUCUGUGUACACGGCAAAUCCUCAUUAUUUUCAAUGGGGACAUUAGGCCCUCUGUUUUUAAAGAUUGGCCUUUAACACUUGAAGCUGCAACAACAAAAGAAAGAAAAAAAAUUACCCAAACAAGUUUAGAAUGCUUAACCACAAAGUGCUACGUCCCAUGUUCCAUCUGCAGAUUAGUUAUUAUGCGAAAUCUAAUGUCAUUCAUGUUUUAAUAGAGUGCAUUGUUUGUUUAGGCUUUGUGUCAGUAGGGAACAAGGUUAACGGGUUAAUUUCAGGGGACUGGAGCAAAGUUUAUUUUUUUGUCACUACUUAUGCUUACUUUACCCCACAUUUGGAUUGUCAGGUGGGAGUUCAUCAGUUCCUGAUUAAGGUCGCUAAUAAUUUCUAGGUUGUUAGCAAGGUCAUAUUUUGCAGCCGACUGUUCCAGGUGACAAUAGCAUUUGUUUCCCUGUUUGAAACCAUUUUCCAACUAUCCGCUGGAAAGAGCUAGUUGUUGUGUUUUACAAGCCAGACGGUUAAAAUGCUCAACAGGCUGCUAUGUGCUAAUCUGCAGAGUUCAGCCAAGCUCUGUGUUCACAGAUGGUUCAGAUGUGUUAAGGUGCCUUAGAUCAGAUGAAUGCUAGUGAAAGUUUAUAUUUUCUGUGGAUUUUGUAGGAGCACUGAAUCGUUCCAGAGUGACCAAUAUUGCUGUUAGCUCAUAGGUGUUGUGGCUAAUGGUGUAUUCCAGUUGUCUUGGAAUUCCGAGCAGCCGAGAAUAUGUGACGGACUAUUCCAAAAUAACCAAUUUGUGAGCAUCUACAAAUGCCAUAUAAACUAGAAAAUCACAAACCCAUUGCAAAAAUGCGUACCAUGACAACAGCAGCCAAAUUUGGUGAUAAUAAACCAUACGAACAAACCUGCCAUAAUAAUGUAAUUAUCAGUAACAACAACUCGCUGCUGUUUACACCAGAAACAUAACGGACACAAAAUAUUUUAAAAAGAAUUUUAAUAAACAGUAAUGGACAACAAGUGGUACUGAGCAUAGCCAUCUUUAAAUCUGGAAUCUUGGCGUCUUUUGAAACUUACGAGUUUGCCGCACUGAAAAAUGAAAUCACUUAGUCAUUUCUGGAUUUUUCGAGGACAACUAGAAUGCACCAUCAGUGACGUGAAGUCUACUGGCCUGUGGAUUCAGUCACCAAACAAAUCACUUAUUAAAUCUUUAAGCUGUCUGAGA